AUGACGGAGUGGACCCUGCUGAAGCGCCUCCUGGACGCCGUCCACCAGCACUCAACCAUGAUCGGUCGCCUCUGGCUCACCGUCAUGGUCAUCUUCCGCCUGCUCAUCGUUGCUGUGGCGACCGAAGAUGUGUAUGCAGACGAGCAGGAGAUGUUUGUGUGCAACACCUUGCAGCCGGGAUGUUCCACCGUCUGCUACGACACCUUCGCCCCCAUCUCGCAACCUCGUUUCUGGGUCUUCCACAUCAUCAGCGUCUCCACGCCGUCCCUCUGCUUCAUCAUCUACACAUGGCACAACCUGUCCAAGCUGCCCCAUAACACCAGCCAGAGGCACGGGUACGGCCAGGGUGCUAUCCAAGGCGAGGCAGAAGUUGAUGGACGGGAUACCUACGAUCGGAGCUGUGACUCAGACAGCUGCUCCAUCCGCUCCCAUAAGCAUCUGGGCCACAGCCUGGCUGAUGUGCUGGAGGGCAUCACUACUCAGUGCCUGCAGAAGGGAGACGCAAACAAUGUGGUGUCCUUGAGCCAGGCCCGACCUCACAAAGAGGGGAAUGGCGAGGGUUAUGGGGUCUCUGGAGGGGUUUUGUCCAAAUGUUACGUAUUCCAUGUGUGUUUGCGAGCCAUUCUGGAGGUGGGCUUCGUCCUGGCCCAGUGGAAGCUGUUUGGCUUCCAGGUGCCUGUCCAUUUCUUGUGUUCCUCAGCACCCUGCACCCAGCCGGUGGACUGCUAUGUGUCUAGGCCCACAGAGAAAACCAUCUUCCUCCUCUUCAUGUUCUGCGUGGGGGUUUUCUGCAUCCUGCUUAACCUGCUGGAGCUCAACCACCUGGGUUGGAAGAAGAUCCGGCACAUUGUGAGGCUGAGGGAAAGGGGAUCCUGGGGGGGUUGUCCAGGUAUGAGAGGGGGAUAUGAAACCUUCCCUCCGGACAGCCCCUCUCUCACCUCUUCUCUGGGCUUCAGAGAUGUGACCAGCACCACCUCCCUACCCACCUUGGACCUGGUGGUGGGUCAUCAACCAGAUUGGACCUGUGCUGGGAACUGUAGCCCAUUGCGGGAGCCUGAGGAAGGCACAGAGAUGAGGCAGGAAGAGAGCAGGGCUGCUAAGCAGAGGAACACUGAGGUCUGGAUAUGA